UUUUUUUCUCCAUUCACUGCGCCCAGUCACAGCAAUUUCUUCAAACGGGUUGUGAACGCGCUGGCGGAUCGUGGCCAUUCCGUCACAUUUUGGAAUGGAUUGAAACCACAGAAUGAAAGUGCCCUACGAAACAGAAAUCAAAAGAUUAAUUUAAGUCUGUUAUAUUCACCGCAAUUGGAGAAAUUCAACUUGGACCAUCAAGUAAAAUUUCACGAUCAAAACAAUCAAUUUCUUCUCUUUUUCAACAUGGCCAAUCGACUGGAAAUCUUUUGCAAAUCAAUUUACCAGGAUCCCAUCUUCCACCAGCUGAUGAACACCAAAGAAAGAUACGAUUUAAUUAUAGUCGAAGCAAUUUUGAAUGAUUGUGUUUUACCAUUGAUUCGGAUCCUCGACGCCCCGCUCAUUUACACGAACGGCAUAGCACCGACGCCUUGGCUGUUGGACAUUUUGGGUUCACCUCUGGCCCUCGAUCAUUUCCCUAAUCCUGGACUCAGUUUUACAGAUGAGAUGAACCUUUUUCAGCGUACAUUCAAUACGAUUUCCAGCCUAGUGGUCCUGUAUUUUCGUCAUUGGUUUACGAUGUCUGUCGUCGAUCGCGUCGCUCGUGACAUGCUGGGAGACAAUCUGACAACCAUCGAUGAGAUUGAAAGUCGUUAUUUGAGUUUAUUGAUUACUAAUACUCAUUUCAGUAUAAAUUACCAGCUACCAACAUCUUCGGCAGUUAUUGAAGGAGGCGGACUGCAUUGCGUUCCACCUGAACCGCUACCACACGAAUUGGAAUCAUUCAUUGAUGCUUCUGGUGAUGCUGGAUUCAUCAUUGUUAGUUUCGAUUCCAUUUUGAAAGGAGUCGAUAUUCCGAAUAACGUGCGUCGCAUUUUCCUAUCUACUUUUGCCCGCCUGUCACAACGUGUCCUAUGGAAAUGGGAAGAAACUAUCGGCAUCAAGGACGAAAGGAUUCCAUCUAAUAUUAGACUGUUACCUUGGUUACACCAACAAGAUCUUCUCGGCCAUUCCAAGGUCCGUCUAUUCAUCACACACGGUGGCCUUUUCAGCAAUCAAGAAGCAGUUUUUCAUGGCGUUCCCCUCAUCGUUCUACCCGUCUUUGCCGACCAGCCAAUCAAUGCUCAAAAGGCUCUGGACGACGGCUACGCCAUUCGAUUUUUUUAA